GUCUGAUUGGGUGCAGAAAAGAUUCUAAAGAGUGCCACGAAAAUAAUCGUAUCAAAUCGUAGCAAAAUUCGUGGUAUGUCGUAGCAGAAAGCGUAGCAAAUUUUGUGGCAAAUCGAGGCAAAAAAGUGGCAAGAUUUUUUCUACAUAAACAAGCAAACACCCGAGAGUUCAAUCACUUGCAACAACCAUAACAACAAUCAAAACGUGAUAUCAAACCAUUUUUCCCAAAAAAAAAGAGAGAGAUUUCAAUGUCUUAUUAUUUUCAAAAUCGAGAGUGGAUGGAUCGACACAUUGAUCCAGUUGAUAAUAAUGUUUCGAGAGAGUUUAGCGAAGGUGUUGAAGUUUUUAUCGCCUUUGCCUCGAGUCAAAAUUCUUUCAUGGAGCGAAAAACCAUGUUAUGUCCUUGUGUAACUUGUGGAAACCGAAAGCAACGUGAUGUAAGAACCGUAUCUCGUCAUCUUUACCGAGUCGGCUUCAAAAGUAAUUAUUAUGUAUGGUCAAGCCAUGGAGAAACUUACUAUGAUGUUGGACAAUCAUCGACGGGAGGUCAAUUUAUGGGAGAUGAAGCAAGAUAUGCAGACGGGCCAUAUGAAGAGAAUAUUUCGGGAGGAGACUUUGGGUCAACUGAAAUACCAGAAAAUUUGAUGGAAGAACCUAAUGAAGAGCAAUAUGAAGAAAGAGUGUUUGAAGCUUUGGAAACCGCUAAUCAACCACUAUAUGAUGGAUGUGUUGAAGGUAUUUCUCAACUUUACUUGGCAUCUCGUUUAAUGAAAGUAAAAACUGAUCAUAAUUUGGCGGAGUCAUGUAUGGAUGAGAUAUCACAAACUUUUAGAGAUGUUUUGCCACAACCAAAUAUAGCUCCUGAGUCAUAUUAUGAGAUGAAGAAGUUGACGAAAUCGCUUGGUCUCCCUGUUGUGAAGAUCGAUAUUUGUGAGGAUAAUUGCAUGUUAUUUUGGAAAGAAGAUCGUGAGCUGUUGGUGUGUCGGUUUUGUGGAAAAGAUAGAUAUCACCAGAAUAACCACGGAAAGGGGAAAAGGCGUCCAAAACAGAGAAUGUUCUAUUUGCCUAUUACGGAGAGGUUGAAGCGUCUUUACCAACAAGAGGCUACUGCAGCACAAAUGCGAUGGCACACAGAACAUGAGUCGCCAGAUGGAGAAAUGCACCACCCUUCUGAUGCAGCAGCGUGGAAGCAUUUUAACAAGGUAUAUCCUGAUUUCGCUGCGGAAAGUCGAAAUGUUUAUCUAGGAUUAUCAACAGAUGGAUUUAAUCCAGUGGGUAUGAGCGGUGAAUCCCACUCGGUUUGGCCCGUCAUCGUAACCCCGUAUAACCUACCUCCUGGUAUGUGUAUGAAAAGAGAAUAUUUCUUUUUAUCAGUACUAGUUCCUGCGCCAAGGCAUCCAAAAAAGAGCAUUGAUAUCUAUCUGCAGCCGUUAAUUGAAGAACUAAAAAGUUUGUGGAGCGAUGGAGUUGAAGCAUAUGAUGUCUCGAAGAAGCAAAAUUUUACGAUGCGAGCCGCACUAAUGUGGACAAUUAAUGACUUCCCCGCUUACGGCAUGAUGUCCGGAUGGAUGACUCAUGGCCGUUUAGCUUGUCCAUAUUGUCUUGAUGAUACAAAGUCUUUUUGGUUGCAACAUGGAAGGAAGCAUAGUUGGUUUGACUGCCAUAGAAUGUUCUUGCCAAGGGAGCAUCCUUACAGAAGAAAUGUCCAAGCUUUUCGAAAGGGGAAGACAGUAACUGAUGAUCCUCCACCAUGGUUGACAGGAGAAGAAAUUCUCCGCGAAAGAAUCAACAACAUCGAAGGUCUGAAGAAAACUGUCGAUUGUGGAGGAAAUGGACACGAGAAAUCUGCGAGUACUAUAAACGGCUACGGCAAAGACCACAAUUGGCAACACUACUACUGGGAUGACCAAUUCCAUGAUGAAAUCUACUCGAAAUGGAAGACUCAAACUCAGGUUACUGUCUGUGGCCGCAUCAGCCAGAACAGGAGAGAUAACAGGCAACCUUCCUACAUGUCAAACACUCAUUGGGCAACAAUGCUUGAGAAGUACAGCACUGAGCAUGCAAAAAAGAAGAGUGCAAAAGCUGCAAAAUCUCGUAAGUCUGCUCCAGUUGGGAAGCAGAUGCACAAGCACGGUGCAGGGCCAUGCUGUUUCCUUGGCAUUCAUUAUAAAAUGAUGGUUGAUGAAGGUUUGGAUGAACUACCUUCAUACACAGCCCUUGCAAGGAAGACUCACACGGGUAAAAAUGGUUCCUUCCUAGACGAACGUACAGAGGAACUUGUGCUGGAGGUUGAGCAAGCCGUUGAAGAGAUGUUAGAAGAGGAAUCUCCACUUGGCGACAGUCCAACUGACUCCACUGCUGCUUCAAAUGCAAAGCGCUAUCUUCUCAACCAAGAAUACAUCAAGAGAGGAACGACAAAGAAGGGUACAGUCUACGGCCUUGGCAGUGUUCAGUACAAGAACAGCAGUCCUUCUGUGCCAAUUCCUGUCUCACUGAAGCGCAACCUUGAUGUGGAUAUGCGCAUGUCUGGCUUCGAGACCACCAUUUCUGAAGUCAAGGAAGACAUUGCUGGAGUCAAGGAAGAUUUCAGUGCUUUGAAGACAGAGAUCAAUGCUUUCAAGACUGAAGUCACUGGGGGGAUGUCAGCAAGCCAAGCAACUCUCAACAUGAUUCUGCAAACUCUCCAAUCUCAAGCUUCCACUCCUGCCUCAAGUGCACAACCAUUUCAACCUCAAGCUCAGUCACAGCCUCAAGGUCAGCCCCAAGCUCCAGUUCAAUCUCAAGCUCCGUCUACAGCUCCACAACAUCUCACGACCAAUAACCAAUCUGAAUUAGAUAGGUGGUGCCAAGAUUUUGGUAUGUAAGGUUUGGUCAGUUCAUGUAUUAAGCUACCAUAUUUUGUGUUCUUUGUUUCCAGUUCAUGUAUCUUUUGAAUGUUUAAAACUGCAACUUUUA